AGGUGCCAGCAAGAUCUAAUAACCUUUAAAAGGAAACCUUUAUUAAGUAAACAGAAGAUGGAGUUCAGGCGAGCACGAGGCGUUUGCGUUCCAGCGGUUCACCUGCACCUGACGGCAGCCACCAUGCAAGUCAGCCAGAAAGACUUUGAAAAGGCUCAAGAACAACUGAAGCUUUUGAAAAAGGAUCCUGGGAAUGAAACUAAGUUGCAGCUCUAUGCUCUGUUUAAACAGGCUACCGAAGGUCCUUGCAAUUCUCCAAAGCCUGGUAUGCUGGACUUUGUCAAGAAAGCCAAGUGGGAUGCAUGGAAUUCUCUUGGCGAUUUGUCUCAGGAUAAUGCCAGACAGAAAUAUACUGAACUUGUCUCAAGUCUGAUCUCUGCAGAAUCUGCUGGCCAGAAAAAAGAUGCUUCUCCAGAAGAGGGCAGACAUGAUGGCUAUGAAACGAUACUAGUUACCACCAAAAACAAUAUCACAAAGAUAAUGUUUAACCGACCUGAUAGGAAAAAUGCCAUCAACCGUAAGAUGUACAGAGAAAUUAUCAAAGCACUUGAAGAAGCUGGGAAAGACGAUUCUACCAUAGCAGUUAUUACUGGAAAUGGAGACUACUAUAGCAGUGGGAAUGAUCUGAGUAAUUUUACUGAUGUCCCGCCUGGUGGAAUGGAGAAGAUGGCAGAAGAUGGAGCAGUAUUACUCAAGUAA